UCGUCGCCUGAUGCGGAUCUACGGGUAGGUGUGCGACGUGAUGCCCAGUGUACAUGUAUGUUCGGCUCUCAUAAGAGUGACAUGGUCGACAGAGUCGGGAAGUGUCGAAAAGGUGAACUUGAUCCGCGCAUGGUUUUUUAUGAGCUUCAAACCGCCGAAGCCGUUACGUUCUUGCACCUGCAAUAACACGUUCACCAUGAUGAAGCCGAGCCACACACAUUCUAUUCAUAAAGCUCGUCAGGACGCGCAGGGCUUGCUGAUAUACAAACAAGGAGUACUUAGCUGAACGCUUGAGUGGUAUAGAACCUAAGAAUACA